GGCCUCGCUCCUGGGCCUGCCUCAAACCCUCCGCAGGACUUUUAUCCUGCCCCCACGCAAAGCCCCGCCUCCAGGACGCCACCAACCUGGACGCUUCCGAAGCCCAGCUUCCAGGAUCGCCCUAUUCUGGCCCCGCCCCAGGAUCCGCCAACCUGGACUCUCCCGAGGACCCGCCCCGAGGACGCUUAUCCUGGCCUUACCCCAGGCCUCGUCCUCAUGACGCUAAUCCUGGGCCCACCCCAGGCCCCGCCCUCAUAACGCUCAUCCUGGCCCCGCCCUAGAAUCCGCCCCCACACGCUCUUCCUGACCCUACCCCCGGGCCUCGCCCCCUCUGUGCCCCCGCGCACUACCCUGGGCCCGCCCCCUCUUCAGUCCAGGCCCGGCUUCCGCCCGGUCUCCCGGCAACACUGCGGCCCCGCCCACGUCAUGGCGCCCGAGGAGAACGCGGGGACCGAACUCUUGCUGCAGAGUUUCGAGCGCCGCUUCCUGGCGGCGCGCACACUGCGCUCCUUCCCCUGGCAGAGCUUAGAAGCAAAGUUAAGAGACUCAUCAGAUUCUGAGCUGCUGCGGGAUAUUUUGCAGAAGACUGUGAAGCAUCCUGUGUGUGUGAAGCACCCGCCGUCCAUCAAAUAUGCCCGGUGCUUUCUCUCAGAACUCAUCAAAAAGCCCUCGGGAGGCUCGGUCACACUCUCCGAGAGCACAGCCAUCAUCUCCCACGGUACCACAGGCCUGGUCACAUGGGACGCCGCCCUCUACCUUGCAGAAUGGGCCAUCGAGAACCCAGCAGCCUUCACUAACAGGACUGUCCUAGAGCUUGGCAGUGGUGCUGGCCUCACAGGCCUGGCCAUCUGCAAGAUGUGCCACCCCCGGGCAUACAUCUUCAGCGACUGUCACAGCCGGGUCCUUGAGCAGCUCCGAGGGAAUGUCCUUCUCAAUGGCCUCUCAUUAGAGGCAGACAUCACUGCCAACUUAGACAGCCCCAGGGUGACAGUGGCCCAGCUGGACUGGGACGUCGUGACGGUCCAUCAGCUCUCUGCCUGCCAGCCAGAUGUUGUCAUUGCAGCAGACGUGCUGUAUUGCCCAGAAGCCAUCGUGUCGCUGGUCGGGGUCCUGCGGAGGCUGGCUGCCUGCCGGGAGGACCAGCGGGCUCCUGAGGUCUACGUGGCCUUUACCAUCCGCAACCCAGAGACGUGCCAGCUGUUCACCACCGAGCUAGGCCGGGCCGGGAUCAGAUGGGAAGUGGAACCUCGUCAUGACCAGAAACUAUUUCCCUACGAAGAGCACUUGGAGAUGGCAAUGCUGAACCUCACACUGUAGGACUCACACACGACUCCAACGGGAUUGUGAGAAUCAAGUCACUCUCGUGGGAAGAAUUUUUAUAUGGGAAAGCGGAUAAAACUUUCAUUGGACUGGAAUGUUUGGAGAAUGUUAAUUUCCAAAUCAGGAACCACAAACUGCCCUCUAAUAAGACAUCGGCUAUCUAAGUGUGUGGGUGCCCCCUUUCUGCCGGCAGUUCUGGUUCUUAAGAAAAUCACCAUAAAUCAGACAUGAAAAUUCUGGCACCAAAAAUAGCAUUUUCUUUGUGCAAAUAAAAACGUGUGUAUCAAGUAUGAUGUUCCCCCAACGUGGACACACUCGGUUCCUCACAAAGCCAAGCCCGCUGUAGCUGCCACAUCCCUGGGCUUACGGUGCAGCAGGUGCUUUUUUCAAGACAGGAAUCAAAAUGUUAGGAACACGGCAGAAAGGGGACACCUGGAGACCAAACGCAGGAUGAGGAGUUCUGCAGAGGUCACACGGAAGUCACAGAACAGUAAUACGCUAGCAGGGGCAUGAGGCGUGAAGAACAGAAGAAGAGAGGAAGCGUUUCCGAGCCUCCAGAGAAGAAAUCAAGGCCAACCACAGCUUCCCGUGUCACAGAACCAAUUCAUUUACCAGGCGGUACCACUGCUGUCAUUUCAGCUUCUGGCCACUGGGAGGUGCUGCUCGAAAGGGUUUGCCCUGAGACUCCGAGAAGAAGCUGCGGGAAGGACAGCAGGGGUCCUGGGGUUUUAGCCUCUGGCCCAGGAGCUAUGUGUCCAUAACCAAAGGGAGCACAGUCUGCACCCAGCUCUCAUCCCAUCGGAGCUGCUGCGACUCCCGCAGGUUCUUCCGGAACUGGUUUAGCUUGCCCGCAGGAUCAGGAAAGUUUGAGAAAAGCAUCUGCAAAAAAAUAAAGAGCAGAGCUUACCUCAUUGCCUGUCCCCACCCCAUCCCAGGUCACCACCUGGCUGACCCCAGGUCCCCGACCCAACAACAACCCCUCCCAAGUCCCUAACUCCCUCACUUGGACUCGAGACCCUUCACACCCCAGCAGCGCUCCGCCUCCAACUUGACAUCACACUUUCUGGAAACUUCCCCGCAUGUCCCACUUUCCCACACUUGGUGCCCUGGAGCACCUCCCAGCCUCUACGUGCUGCACAUUCCCCUGUGAGCACCCUCCUCUCGGCCUCUGGCCAACACAGUCCCACCCAUCUGUGGGUAACAAGGGGGUGUCGGUGUUCUUUUCAGCCUUGCUAAACUGUCUGAAUCAAGGAUCACAAACUACAGCCUGCAGGCCAAAUCCAGCCCACAGCCUGUGUUUGUAAAUAAAGUUUUAUUGGAACAAAGCCA